AUGGAACUCCCCUCUUUAAUAAACGAAUCUGAAGAGACGGAGAAAACCAAACCUACCGAACCCGAGCAGGGUUCCUCUCUUCGGCAAGAAUCCAUCUCUCAAGAGUUACGAAAACACCUCCACAUCAAGUCCGAGCAGCGACGUCGUAGCAAGAUCAUCGAUGGGUUCCAGAAACUACGCAACAUCAUCCCGCUCGUUAAACCGCAGACAGAUUCCAAAGCGCAGGUGCUUAAGAAAGCUACUGAGUACAUCGAGGAGUUGCAGUACCAGAACAAUGCCCUGGCGGCCAAUUGCGAAAUGCUCAAGGAGUACUCCCACCAAUUGCACACCCAGCUGCUACAGCUCAACGCCACUCCCGUAAUGCCGGCUCCUCAGCUCCACAGAGUGUAUUCUCAGGAAGUGGGCCAUACACCGCCCGCUCCCCAGACACAGAUACAGUAUCCUCCUUACCCUGGCGUUUUUGCGCCUCCCAUGGGCCACUCGCAUUCCGAGGGCCGAAUAAUGCCCUAUCCGGCGCACCUUGCCCCUCCGCCCCCAGUCGGCUUCACCCAUAUACAGUCUCCCUACCCCAGAAGAUCCGCCCAUUCAUCGCCAACUUUGCACCAUAAUCCUCCCCCUGGCCAGGAUGGUCCGCGAGCCGAGGCUUGGCUUGUAUCCGAAGCCUGCGCAGUCUUCUCCUCCCAGUGGCUGCGAAAAAAUGUACGCGAGACGCACAAUCUGAAAAUUGCAACACGGUCGCACAAUGCCAGCGACUCCGACGGGCCUGUGCUCGCGGCGCAUCCAAGCCAGCCUGUCCAUCAUCGUCUGCUCGCCAGUGCCGGCUUCCCGGCGAGAGUUUUCCGGCCCUGCGAGACCUGUCCCGCACCGAGCGUCGAAAAAAAACACGCUCCUGGGCUGGUGAGCAAAUAUUUCCGUUCCGCAUUCAUCUGUGCGAUCUCCAAACUAAGAAUUUUUUUCGAGCACUCUGGUCAACUUCAAGCACGUAUCACGAGCCUCUGGCAAGGCGUACUGCAAAGUUUGUGA